GGCCCGCCGGCCACGCUUGGCUGCCAGCUAGCUUGCGGCCCGCGCGCGCCUCACGCCCCCCGCGCCACCGCCCGGCCCAAUUCCCGGCGGGCGAGGCGCAGCGCCGGGGCCGGAUAGGGCCGGCGGCCGCGCCAGGCCGAUGGGGCCCAUCGCUAGCUUGGCCCGCCCGCCGCGGGCUCUUCCGCAAUUUUCUGGCCCCGGGCUUGGGCCCCGCGCCAGCGAUUUCUUGACCGGCGUCAGACAUGGGUGGACCCUGCGUCGUUCGAUCCUCCGUCCCCCCGGCGCCCGUAGUGUCUUCUCCCGCGCGAGGACACCAAAGCGAGCUGCCCACUCAUAUUCUACGGCGUGACGCAGUGCCGCCGGACCGCGGCGAAGCGGCAGCGCGAGGCGCUUUCGUUCGUCGUCGCCAGCUGCAAAACCUUCGACCGCCGUGCAUGCUCCGCCACACCGUGCAGACCAACGCCGUGGCGAAGUAG